AAAAAUUUCUAUAAAUACAUCUAUUUUCUACCAUUUUCUCCAACUCUUCUCCAUCUUCAUCUUCUCUUAUUAUCCUACAUUUUUAUUAUACAUCUACCAUUUUAAAGAUGAAAAGUAAUUCUUCUGUUAUGCAAAACAACUUUGAUAAGUGGAAGGACCGGAAGACCGGUCUGUGGUGGACAACUUGCAAGUGGUGCAAGAAAGAGUGUUGCUUGGGGCGUUCACACGGAGUCGGGAUGCCAAUAAAACAUAUGAAAUCAUGUGACAAAAGUAAAACAUCAGAAUGAAUUAAAAAUAAAGGAGUAGUAGAUUUAUGCCACACUUCUUGAAAAGGUAAUCGUUGUGAUUUUCUUAUUUCAAAUAAAUGCACUUGAAUUUUGUUUUUAAUAACAAUUAUUAUAAUAAUAUAAUAUAUAAUUUAAAAAAAAAUUAAAAGGACCGGCCCGAACCGGACCCGGGGUUACACGGGCCGGUUCCGGGCCUCCCAAACCGUGAACCGAGGCCCGGCCGGUUCAAGGCCCGAAUCGAGUCCAUCCCUACCCGUGGCCCAACCCAUGCCCCAACCCGCACCCCAACCCGCGCCCGAAGCCUAGUGUAUGUCCCAACACACUUUUCUUGAUACAUUUAAUUUGUAUCAAGUUUUUUUGUAAGUUUUCGUAUAAUUGCAUUCAAGCUAUGACUAAAGGUUAUUAUUAUAUAGUUUUCGUAAUCCAUUCCCAUCAUAAUUCACGUGAAAUAUAGUGUCAUGAUCAUUUAUUAUGACUAAAGGUUAUUACAAUAAUCACUCCACUCAAGAGAUUACAUUUUUAAAGCAACAAUUACUCUAAUUGUAAAUAUGUUGUAAUUAGGUUCCGGGCCGCACCCGGUUCGGUCCUUGAACCGGCCCGAGUAAUCCCGGGUCCGGUUCCGGUUCUGUAUAAUUUUUUUUUUUGGGUUUUCCUAAUCAACCCCUACUCUCCCCCUCAACCCCAAACCACCUCAAAUGACCCAAAAUAACUAAUCCAACUCUAAAACUUAAAAAAAAAUUAAAUCCGGCCUGGAACGGGCCCGAACCGGCCGGGCCGGUUCACCAAAAUGAAGGUCCGGGCCUGGAACCGGUAGCCACCGGGCCGGGUCGACCCGAACCACCCAUGGGCGGGCCGCCGGGCUGGACUCGGUUCCGGGUCGGGUCGACCCGAACCACCCACUUUUGAAAAUGCUAAAAGUGGUCAAACUGCCAUUUAGGGCUGAAACGCCGUUUACCAAACACCUCCAAUGUGUUUGACAUUUAGCGGUUAGUUGUUAGAAGAUAACAAAUUAUGUUAGCGGGUUAUCAAUAGUGGAUUCAUUUGGCGGGUUUGUAUAGCGAAUAACUCGAUGGGCUGUCAUAGGAUGUUUGAUAAUUUAACUAUUCGCCAUAACAAUUGGUAGAGAAUGAAAAUAUUUGAAAACGCUAAUCCAAAAUUCUCCAAUGUGCGGCGCUUUCAUUUCAACAGCUCCUUUAAAAAACGCUAGAGCCACAUAGUUAUUUCCAAACACCCCCAAUAUGUACUAGUACAAAGUAUCUAUCUUGGCUCACAUAAUCUACACCUGCACAAAAAAGGACAUGUCCGCUCAACCUACCACGUACAAAUAAUAUUAUAUUUGUGUUCGUAAUAUGUACUGAUGUACAACCCACCCGCACAAAUGGGUGAGCUUAGGCAUGACUAUUUACCCACUAGGUCAGGCCCGGUCCACCCCACAAUAUCACAUGGGCAGGCGUACAAUAUAUAUGUACUACGGAGUAAUUUUUUUAUUUAUUUACGCGUGUAUAUUUACAAUUAGUAAGUUGUUUUUAUAUAUAGGAAUUUUGUCCAAGUAGGACUUGAACGAUACAUUCGUUAUCAAUAGGGGGUUAAAAGAUAAAUUAAAGUGUAUCGAUAUAGAGCGAAUGAUCGAAAACUAUCAAUUGAAGACCUAAAACUCCAUGAAUUUUAAUAAUGUGUAUUUUUAAAAUUUAUGUAUGUAUUAUUUUAUCUUAUUAAACUAAUAAAAUUUUGUAAAGAAGAAAUCAUUUUGGAAUUAACUAUGGAAUUAAAAAAAAUUAAAUAAAAUAUAUGAUAUUUUAGGCCUUAGAUAGAUAGUUUCCGAUCAUUCAAGUUCUGCAUCGAUACACUUUAUCUUUCAGGUCCCUUAUUCAUAGUGAAAAUAUCGACUUUGACAUUAAAUUUGUUCAUGUGAAGCGAUCAACAAAUCGGGCAACUCGUGAUUUGGCUAAGGCUGCAGAAAAACAUUGACUUGCAAUGCUUUGCAUACCCAAAAAAAAAAGGAGCCUUGUGAGAAACAAAGAACUUGACUGCAUGCUCGAACUCAUAUUUUGGUGUCUAGUUGUCCAAGAAACCAGAAAUGUAAACAUCUAAACUCGUUUAGCAGUCAAGUAAAUGAGAUAGUGAUAAAGAAUGUGAAAGAAAAUAUCAUGACAUUAGAGCCAAAAUAAAUAUAAAAAAAAUUAUAUUAUGGCUAUUAACUAACCCUGGCUGGUGGCGUUUGCUAGCCCGUACAAUUGACCUUUCCACUAUUUUUCCAUAACAUUCACACGUUACAUCCCUAUCCAAGUUCAUGAAAAAAGGUAACGCAGAUGAACAAGGUGACGCCACCGCAAGCGGCAAUGCAGGAAAAUCAUAUAAAGGUGAUGGAGAGUCUGCUGGUGAGGAAGGAGACGGGGAAGAGGAACACGAUGAUGCUCUUUCACCAAGAAGAUGGGUUGUUGAUGAGCAUGGGGGGCCUUCCGAUUCCAUACCCAUUGACCCUAAGACAAUGAGAAUGAGGUCAAUAGUGUAUGUAACUACAUACUUCCUGCACUAUUGCAGGAUAGUACUGAAGAAAUUGAUGCUCUUAAACGCGAUUUCAUUUUCACUUUUACUUUUAGCGUCAAUGCUCUUUGCAGUUUCUUUUCUGUUUUUUUUUUUAUCAAAAAAAGAAAGAAAAACAAGACACUUCUGCAAUAGCAUCUGAUGCAAU